CUGUUACUUCCAGCAUUGAUAUCCAGGCUUCAGUAGCAUAAACAUCUGUUAUUUUCUACUACAAAUAACUACUAUGAAGUGCUUAGUUGUGUUCGUCGCAUUGGCUGUGGUAGUCAUGGAAAGCGAGGGGAAAACUUUGAAGAGAUGCGAACUUGUACGAGAAUUGAGGGCUCAGGGCUUCCCUGAAGAUAAACUUCAAAACUGGGUAUGUCUUGUCGAGAAUGAGAGCGGUCGCAGCACACAUAAAACCGGCAAAGUGAACAGAAAUGGUUCCCGGGACUACGGGCUGUUCCAGAUCAAUGACAAAUAUUGGUGCAGCAACACCAGUACCCCUGGGAAGGACUGCAAUGUUACUUGUGCGGAUCUCCUCACCGACGACAUCACGAAGGCAGCCAAAUGUGCGAAGAAGGUGUACAAACGACACGGGUUUAACGCCUGGUACGGCUGGAAGAACCACUGCCAAGGGAGCCUGCCUGACAUCAGCUCCUGCAACUAAAAUCUAGUCAAACUCUCUACGCGUUACAUUAGUCAUUGUAAAACUAUCGAUUAAUCUAAAUUCCAAAGAGUAUUUUAUAAACACACUAUUUAAUAAGGCUGAAUAAAGGAUAUCUAGUUAAUUAUUUA